UGUACCCGGAUCCCACUCGCCGGAUCACCCACACGGCCGAACGACACGGCCCGGAUUCCGGUGACGGUGGAUCGAGUCAGCGCCCCCUUUCCCCCCCAGAGAGGAGACAGCCCACCGUGCGCUUCCCUUCACUCAGAUACACAGUGCCAUUCCAAAGAACCAUUGCUCACAGCUGUGCUAAACUAUAAUUGCUACGCAUAUUGAUAGAUAAUAUUUAAGGAUCUUGAAAAGCUUUGUGUUAUUUAUAUUCAAUAACUUAUAUAAAAAUUGCAUCUCUAUCCCAUAAGAACUUUAUUAUACUAGAGUAGAGAUAUUUGCACGAAUGAGAAUUUUGAAGAGGAUCAAUUGGAUAUUUGUACAUAAGUCUAAUAUUCAUCGAUGCGAGCAAGCAAAUUGUGAUUAAAAUCAUCCAGAGAUGUUACCAAAGGGAGGUUGAACUAAUUUUGUACCGCACAAAGAGUACUAGAUUUGAAGUAAAAUGACCAAAGGUGUGAUGACAAAUUUGUACUAGUUGCAAAUUUUUUUGGUGACAUGCCAUUCACUAUGUCUUGAGCAAAAUUCGUGAAGGAGGGAAAAUUUAUUUUGGCAAUUGCUGUAAGCGAAUCAUUGAGUACCAAACAUGGCGAGAAAGAGUGACAAUGCUAAAAGCAUUAACAUCGCGGUGGUCGGACUGUCUGGCACAGAAAAGGACAAGGGACAAGUCGGCGUCGGCAAGUCGUGCCUGUGCAAUCGCUUCAUGCGUUCCAUGAGCGAUGACUACAAUGUAGAACAUAUUUCGGUAUUAUCGCAGUCUGACUUCAGCGGGCGUGUGGUGAACAACGAUCAUUUCCUGUAUUGGGGCGAAGUGAUGAAACUGGCGGAGGACGGAACGGAGUUUCAGUUUCAAGUCAUCGAGCACACGGAAUUUAUAGACGACGCGUCGUUUCAGCCGUUCAAAGGCGGUAAAAUGGAGCCGUACGCGAAGAGAUGCGCGGCCACGAAGAUCACGAGUGCGGAGAAACUCAUGUAUAUCUGCAAGAAUCAGCUGGGUAUAGAGAAAGAGUACGAGCAGAAGGUCCUGCCCGACGGUAAGCUGAAUAUCGACGGAUUUCUAUGCGUGUUCGACGUGAGUCUCGUACCAAAUCGGGCGAUAGAGAAGCAAGUCGAGAUUGUGGCGAAUAUCUUGAAUAAUCUGAUGAAAACGAAGAAACCAGUCGUGCUGGUGACGACUAAGAAUGACGACGCGAACGAGCAGUUCGUCAAGGAAGCCGAGAAGCUGAUAAUGCGAAAGGAGUAUAAAGGAUCGAUUUUGAUCAUCGAGACAUCGGCGCACGAGAACAUCAAUGUAGAUAUGGCCUUUAUGAUCUUGGCGCAAUUGAUCGACAAGACGAAGAUGCGCAGCAAACUAAUACCGUUUGCCGAAGCAGCCAGGGCCCGGAAGGAAUUGUUAGACGCAUCGACGGAAUCGUUGCAGCGAUUGAUCCGAAUACAUGUGACCGACUAUCGCGCCCUGUGGUCGCAGGCCUCGAAGAAACUCGCGCAAUUCAAGGAGUUCACCACUUUCGUAGAAUUGUUCGGUAUCGAAGCGACGCAGAGACUAUUCAGAAGGCAUAUUAAGAAAUUGAAGGAUGAACAGAUAGCGAAGAAGAUACAGGGCUACUUGGACAUGUUGCCGGAUAUACUUCACGAGAUUUGUCCGGAUAUAUCGAAUUUAAUUAACGAGGAAUGGUCGGCGGUGCAACAAUAUAUAAAGGCGCAUCCUGAUUUUGAUCAGUACUUCUACGAAUGUCCCGAGGACAUACCGUGGAUCGAUUGUGACUUUGGAGAAAACAACGGCACAAAAAUUCCUUACGACGUGCUGGAGACCCCCGAGGCGGGGACCGUAUUUAAGAAUCACAUAAAUGCCUUGCAACAAGAGCAACGGCGACUAGAACUUCCAAAAAGAUGGAAGAAACAAUUUAAGCAAUUAUUGGAAGAAACUGGCUAUGUUACACCUGGAAAACAUUUAUCUGAGGUUCGAGUUUUAUUUAUGGGCAGAGAAUGCUUUGAAGAGCUUUCUCAUCACGAUUGUCAAGAAAUUUAUGAUCAGCAUCAAAAGGAAAUUAUUGAAAAGGCAAAACACAAUUUUCAGGAAUUAUUGUUGGAGCACGCAGAUUUAUUUUAUCAUUUCAAGAGUAUAGCUCCAUCUGGAACUAUUACGCAAGACGAUAUAAAGGAAAUUACGGACGCUUUAUUGGACGAUUUUAGAUAUAAAGCGCUAGAUAGAUUAGAUCAAGAUCGAAAGCUAAUGUUAUUUCAACAUUUGGGAUUUGUGCAUUGUCCCAUAAGGGAGCACUGCCCAGCUUAUCCAAAUUGUAUGGACGCGCUGAUAGAAAGGAUACUUGGAACAAAAGCGCACAGACCUUCCUCAUGGAAUCACAGUAGUCAGUGGCAGUUAACAUCGGAUAACAAUCAAUUAAAUUUAGUCAUACUCGGGAGUAACGGACUGAGUGAGGAGUUUGCUCGUGAAAUAAGGGCACAAACGGAAGAUGACGAAGUAGAAAUAGAUUGUCAAUUGUACACUCUCGGAUAUCGCAUUAUAGACGGUGAUGUGGGACUGCCGCAUAACUCUUUCACUACAUCCGAUUUCAUGCCACAUGGAUCUUUUUGUAUCUAUUCGAAUGAGGAUUCGUUUGAAUACAUUCGAUCCUCUUUAGAGAAAACUCUGUUGUCGAAUCUAGAGCAAGAGGAUAGGCUACCAUUUCAAGGAUUGCCCAUUGUAAUAAUGUUUGUGCCAGAAGCCAUUAUCGAUGAAAUGGAAGCCAUAAAGCUCAGAGAAGAGGGACAGAAUCUCGCUGACAGUUUGCAGUGUCCCUUUAUCGAUGUCUGUAUAGACGAGCUGGAACAAGAAAAGCACAAAAGAUUUCCCACUUCGUUGGUGAAGGAUGCUUUGCAGCAACUUAUACAAUCCAUAAAUCACAGAGCUGGUUUUUUAAACAUAUAUCAGAGCGUUAUCGAAUGUUUGGAGCCUGAUAUCAGGAUAAUAAUGUGUAUGUUCUGUGGUGAUCCUUAUUCAGUCGAGAAUGUUCUCGGUCCUUUACUGAAUCAUCAAUGCUGCUUUCUCAGUGGAGAUAGAUCUAUAGUUUUGGAAACGUUUCUGGGAGAAUGCAAACGUCGAGUCGAAGUCAUUAUCUCGAGUUUUCAUGGAGCCAAUGCAUUCAGAGACGAAUUAGUGCACGGCUUUAUACUCGUUUAUUCUACAAAGAGGAAAGCUUCUCUCGCAACUCUAAAUGCCUUUUCCACAAACAUACCAAAUCUACCGAUACAAAUAAUGGCUGUGACUGAUACUGGCGGUGCGAAUGCUUUCUUCAGUAACGAUUUAAGUCAUCUACUUAUCACGGAGGGAAACGCUAUCGCAGAUAAAUUGGAGGCGCAUUUUAUGACAUCUGCAUCCAGCUGCCAACAAAAAACCGCAUUUUACACGCCCUUUUUCAAAGUGGUGUGGGAAAAGAAACCGGAGAUCGAGCAGGCGUUUAACAUGGAGGAGCCGGGGAAUUUGAAUGAUAGCGGAGAAGGCACUUUAGAGUAUUCGGCUUUACAUCCCAUGCCGCCACCGCGACACGAAAGCUAUCAUCUUCAAACGCCGGAUGACGGUAUGUCUGUAACUUUUAGAAGCGGCUCCGAGUCAUACGAGCAGUUGACGCCUGACGGUGAUCUGGGUGACACUGGUUUGACCGAACAAUUCGCCGAUCAUAGAGCCACGCCGAGCGACGAUAGUGACAUUUACAGCCAGGUCGACUUCUAUCGAGAGGAGAGGGAGAGAGAUCUAAUGAAGAAUGAAGAUAUCACGAACAAGCUAUCUGGUUGGGUGAAGGAUACGUUUAUGCAUCAAGAUGGAGUUACCAACAGUUAUCCACAUAGAGCCUUCACGACAGGUCGACGAUAUAUUUCCCAGAUUAAACCGCGACCAAAGGGAAAUAGUCAGACGUUGAAACAGCCCGGGAAAAUCAAUUUGAAAGAUUUUUCCAAUGUAACAGAUGCGAUAGCCAGGAUGACGAUUGGCGAGAAAGACGAGCACGGCCCGAAACUGACGAUGGGUCAUGCUCCUCUUGCCACACCAGAACUGGUAGAUCUCGGCUCCGAAUAUGCGCAGGUGAAAGAUGUCGUUCCGAGUAUGUAUUCUGCCUACGAUGGCGAUUAUAUGUACGCCCUGGUGCAGGAUUCUAUCGGCAACAACAAAUCUAAAUUGCGCCACCGACGUGAAAAGGGACAGCCAUCAUAUAGCGAUUCUGAUUCGGAAUGGAGUUCUUUGGAAAGGCAAAGGGCGACUGACGUCUUGAAUAAAACGAGUAAGAAGUCUUUGUCGCAUAAAAGAAUACGCAAAAAACGCACUGCAAUACCGGUUGCUACACCCAAAGUACCGUCAUUGGCAAGUAUGGGAAGUGGGGACGGUAUAGUCGGCUUGAAUUACAAUAUGAAAGACGAUAAGAACUGGCGCGUCGAUCCAGUGGAUAGAGUAUCUAGCGAAACGCCCGAUACUUCCGAAUCGAGUGAUCCGGAGCACACUUCGAGAUCCAGAUCAAAACAAUAUAAAUAUCCUGCUAUUAGUUUGCGGAAGAGAUUCUCUGGAAAUUCAUUGCAACAACAAUAUUUGCAACAUCCGUUUAACGUAAAACAUAUGCCACAGGAGAUGUUCAGCGCCUCCUCCAAGCAAAGGGGUGAAAAUACGUUUGGCAUUCCAGAUGAUGAAUCAAGUCUGGAUGUCUCCUCACCACGGGAAAUUAAUUCCCCUAGUUUCGGUAUAUUGAACAAGUCAAAAGACGGCGACAAGUUAGCCAGGAAGAAAGACAAGCAAAAGGCAAAAGAGGACGAAAAAUUGGAGAAGAGAAGACAGAAGGAAGAGAAGCUCAAAAAGCAUGCCGAAAAGGAAAAAGAGAGGGAGAAAAAGAAACAGGAAAAGAUAAAACAAACCAAAGGUCCAGGUGGGACACCGAUUUCGGGUCAAUCGCAGCAACCUUUAAUCGAGGAUUUUGCGCAGAGCGAAACGAAUCGGAUACCUUUAUUUCUGGAGAAGUGCGUGCGAUUUAUCGAGGACGAGGGAUUGGAUUCGGAAGGGAUAUAUAGGGUGCCCGGUAAUCGCGCACAUGUAGAACUGCUUUUUCAAAAGUUUGAAGAAGAUGGUAAUGUCGAUAUACAUUCUUUGGAUAUUCCUGUAAAUGCUGUCGCUACAGCCUUAAAAGAUUUCUUCUCCAAAAGGCUACCACCACUCAUCGACAAAGAACGUAUGAGUGAACUUGAAGAUAUAUCAGGUGCACGAGGUAUUAGCAAACCUAUGUCAGCUACUUGCAUGAACAUGGAAGAUCGAAGCGGCAGAUUGUUAGCCCUGCGUCUGAUGCUCAAGAAAUUAAAUCCAGUUAAUUUCGAUGUUCUCAAGUUUAUCUUCCAACAUUUUGUGAAGGUUGCAGAGAACUGUAAACUCAACAGUAUGGAUAGUAAGAACCUGGCGAUUUGCUGGUGGCCUACGUUACUACCGAUCGAAUUUAACGACCUCGGCAGAUUCGAAGCUAUGAGGCCGUAUCUGGAAGAUGUGGUCCAAACGAUGAUCGAUCAGUAUCCUUUCCUGUUCUGUGGCGAGGAUGCCGUUGUGAUGGUGUAGUGAUCAAACACGCUGCUACGCAGUGCAUAGUGCAACGGGACUGCAGUUUUUCUCGCGGACAACGGCGAUAGAAGCGACACAUCCGUCUCGUGGUAUAAGUCGAUUUCAUUUGUUUAUACGUUAUCGGCAAUUACGAUAAUAGACGUAAAUGAUUGGUCUCAAUAUAUAAUUUGUAUCGAUAUUAAACUUCGCUUUAGCACACACUUGUAAUAUUACACAAGGUCCUACAUAAGGCGCAUGGACGAUCAAACAAAGUCUAUUUAUGUUUAGUCAUUUCGUACUUGUUCAUUUUCGGAAUGUGUGACACGCAAGAUCCUCCUUUGCGGAAUGAUCACUCGAUGGUCCUAAGACAGUUGUUCGCGUGCGUGGAUCAGGUAAUAAUGCAAGAGUAAUAAGAGUCAAUCCAUGUGUGUCAUAACAGUAUGCAUGUAUCAUGUUGGAUGUAUCCAGAGCGAUGUAUUUAUUGAUAUUGUAUUAGGGAUAUAAGAUUCUCGAUAUUUGAUAAUAACGAUUAGCUUUAUAUAGUUAAAAAGGUAAGA